UGGCUCUGCCCAUGGGGAGAGGCUUCAGUCUCAAUUUCACAGGAGUGCCAGGGUCCUGCUGAAUGAUUUGGUGGUGUCGAAGGGAUGUGUGGGACAGAGCCACAGGCUGAGGGGUGAACGGGAGCGCUGAGAGACUCACUCACUCACUGGCCAGGGAUGGCUGGUUGGGAGGUAGAUGAUUAAGCUGCAGACAUGGAAGGGAAAGGACCCUACCGCAUCUACGACCCUGGUGGGGGGACACAGGAAGAGGCAGCUGCAGCCUUUGAGCGGCUGGUGGAGGAGAACACCCGGCUGAAGGAGAAGAUGCAGGGGAUAAAGUCUCUAGGAGAACUGCUGGAAGAGUCCCAGAUGGAAGCAUCGAAGCUGCGACAGAAGGUGGAGGACCUCGUGAAGGACAAUGAGAUGCUGAAGUCGUCUUCCUCUUUCGACAAACUGCCUGAAAUAACAGGAGGUGAUCCAGAGCCACACCUGUCCCCCGCGGGUCCAGGCAAAGUUGAGAAGGAGCCGGAUACAGACCCUCGGAAGCCUCCAUCCACUGGAUCCUCGUCAGAGUUCGAAAUUGUAUCUGGUGAGGACAAGAGGUUUUCCCAGGAGAGCAGGAAGUCGGACGCAGAGCUGCAGAACGAGGACACUAACCUGAUGCUGCACCUGCAGCGGCUGGAGAGCACCCUGAGCGUCUUUGCCGAGGAGCCGGACAAGAACCAAGUCUUGGCUCACCUGGGGCGCAUGGCCCUGGAGUUUAACCGCCUGGCCUCCAAAGUGCACAAGAACGAGCAGAGGACGUCCGUUCUGCAGACGCUGUGUGAGCAGCUGCGUAAUGAGAACGAGGACUUGCGGGCAAAGCUGGAGAAGGAUUUGGAGCAGAGGAACCAGGCUACGGAGAAGCUUAGGUGUGAGAACCUGGAGCUGAAGAAGAUGGUGAUGAUGAGCAACAAGGUGGGCGUGAAAAGGGACGGUGUGGAGAACGCUGGCCAGCAGCAGAGUGGAGCGCUGGCAGAGAAAGCAUCGGGCAAGGGCGUGCCAGGGGCCAGUGAGAAGAAGGUGAAGAUCCUCGAGCAUCAGCGCAAUGAGCUGCUGGAGGUGAACAAGCAGUGGGAUCAGCACUUCAGGUCCAUGAAGCAGCAGUACGAGCAGAAGAUCACAGAUCUGCGCCAGAAGCUGGCGGACUCCCAGAAGGCGCUGAACGAGCUGGAGGCAGAGCGGGAGCCGAAGCAGAGGGACUUCGAUCGCAAGCUUCUCCUGGCGAAAUCCAAGAUUGAAGUGGAGGAGGCAGAAAAGGAGAGGCUGGCCGGGGAGGUGAGGGAUCUGAAGCAGAGACUCAAGUUCCUGCAGGAGCAGCUGACACCGGUCACCAAGCAAAGGGAGUACCAGGAGAAGGAGAUCCAGAGGCUAAACAAGGCCCUGGAGGAGGCCCUGAAUGUCCAGGCCCCUGCUUCUGCCCCUUCUGCACUCAGUAACGCCACAGAGCCGGGCGAGAGCAUGAGACCACACGAGCUGCUGACCCAGAACGAGCUCCUGAAGCAGCAGGUGAAGAUCUUCGAAGAGGACUUCCAGCGGGAGCGGCGCGACAGAGAGAGAAUGAAUGAGGAGAAGGAAGAGUUGAAGCAGCAGCUGGAGAAACUUAAGAAGCAGUUAACAGUCUCCAACAACCAGCUGCGGCUCUUCAAGGACGACUGUCAGCGAGAGAAGGAGGAGAAGGAGAAACUGAAGAAGCUGCUGAAGCAGCACAAGCAGGUUUCUGGAGAGAGGCUGCACCCAGAGCCGGUCCCGGGGCCUCUCGGCCCUGCCUGCCCCAUGUACCAAUUCCAAUAUAGCCCUCCAGUGCCCCACCACGUCUACCGUGGCUAUGAGGACUGGCAGCAAAUCCGGUACCCGCCUUCAGCAAUGCCGGGCGACCAUCCACCAGUGCAAAACUUCCACCACUUCCCUCCUCCAGAAUACACCUGGCGCCCACCUUGUGCUGUGUCCAGGGCCCAGAACUCCCAAGCAGUGGAGGGAGUGAAACCGCUGCCCAAGGAAUCCGAACCUGCAGGGCUUGGGUUACCAAAAAAACAAAGGCCGGUUUAGCUGUGGGCCAAUGUCAGAAGAGGGGGCGGGGAGUGUGCGCGCCUGAGUGUCUCUAGACCCUGCCUCCUGCUAGUUAUCCCUGUUCACACACUGUGUAUGUAACAGCAGAUCCUUGACGGGCUGGGAUGUCUCCCUCCGGAGCUGCUGAAGAGAGAACGCCCCGUGCCCUGCGGAGCUGCUGAGGAGCAAGUCGCGUGGGUGCGUCCUUGGAAUCCCAGCCUACAGGGGUUGUGCAAAUGGCCACGUGUGGUGAUCUUGUUCCUAGCCAUGUCGCUUGGGUUUUAAUUUGAUUCCCAGCCUUGCAUUCUGCAGCAGCACCUGCUGGGAGCCUCCCAUUUCCUAUGUUUCAACAGAGCCUUCGGUGGAGGAUUUUGCUGCAGCCUGGUUUUGUAUUUUAACGUGUAUUUGCUGGCUGACCCCAGAGACUUUCCCCGUCAAAUAGUGUAGGUGGGAGAGCCGCCCCAUACAAUCCCAUGACGAGCAGAGAGGCCAGCUGAACAGAUGUCUGAUACCCUGGAUAGAUGGGUGGGGAAGAGGGUUUAAUUGUCUGUUUGUUCUUUUCAUAGUUAAAAAGAAGCCAAGCUGAAGCUAAACUGAAUCCAUUGGUUCAUGUCAUUUACCAGUGAACACUCUCUAGGACUAAAGUUGAGCGCUCUGGCUUGAAUGGCUUUUAAAGUGUCCCGAGUCCAGGGCCCAAAUGUAAAUGUCUCUCGACGCUCCAUUGAAACUUGGGCGUGUAGCGCUUGCCCCAUGUAGAUACGGCCGCGCCCUCUGUACAUACAUAUACAUACACACUCGCUGUCUAUAGAAGAUGUGGCAACCCUCAUUCUCUUAUUAGAUUGACCUCACAGUCCAGUCUGUGAGUGAUCAGGGAGCCACAGGCCUAUGGUGUGCAAUAACUCUGCCUUUAUUGCUCCCAGGGAGCAGGCUGUGAACUCUACCCCUCUUCUCCCACAUCCCCAAAGCAGAGCUAACGAGCCGCCUUUCAGUAACAAGUUAAGAUUUUAGGGCCUGAUUCAGCCAAGUACUUUAAGCCCAUGUCUAACAUCAGGCGUGCUUUGAAGUCCGUGGGACCUCUCACCUGCUCAAAGGCAAGCGUGUGCUUAACUACCUUGCUGACCUGGGGACCCGAGGGAGAGGAGGAAAACCUGAUGGAAGCAGCAAACAAUAGACAAGUUCAUUUGUGGGCCCAGGCAGACCUGUUCUACUCCGUCCUGUUCUAUCCCACUGCAAUGUGCCCCGGGACUUGCCCUGCCCGGGGUAGCUGUUGCGAAGUGCUGGGGUAUGCUGAACAGGAGGCGCUGAGUACUUACUGUUUAGUACUGACAGUGGCUUUGGAGGGGUGACGGGUCUUCCAAAGAAAAAAAUGACAAUGAAAUGAGGUCUGAGAACAGGAAAGGAAUGGCCGGGGUUCCGAUCCCUCGGUCUCCCUGAAGAGGCUAACGUGUCUGUUCUUAUGCGUGCGUAUUGUGUGUGCAGUGUAUUGUUGUCUGUAAUUAAUCUGCUGUAUGUUAAUGUUGACACGCAAAUGGUAAUGUGUACUUUGGGGGGCUCUUGCCCCUCCUUUCUUGUGGAUGUCACUUCCCCUCGUUCCUCCAAUUCCCUGUUAGCUGCUUGGGCUAGUUCUGGGGAACAGUGGACAGAUCUCUGCCCUUCUCUAUACUGUUGAACGAUAACUUGAAGGGAAGGGGAGAAGAGGAGCUUUUCACCCCAUCUUCUCUGCAGAGAAAACACCCAGCUCAUUGUCCCCCACCUUUUCCUCCCCUACUCCAUCUGCUUGGGUUUCCUUUCUGGGAUGUGAAUGGACUCCGGUCCCCUCCAGAUGCUGACAGUCCCUGGAAAGGGAUUAACCCCAUCAGAGGGAGGUGCUGUGGGUCAUCGUAACCCUGGACAAUUGUAGGACAUAGGGGGGUAAAUUCAGGAAGUGAGCAGUAUGCUGAAGCACCCUCAGCUCCCUAAAACACUUGUGCGUCUUUAGCCCAAAGCUGGGGCCAUUAACUUGACUGUUGUCCGUGAUCACAUGGCACCCGUGUCCCCAAGAACCUGUAUCUGGCCAUCGCUGGCAUGUGACUGAGGGUUUCAGACUGUCAAUCUAAAGCGCUGUAUUUAGUGAGCUGGCCUCUGGUUCAUAGGAGCGGCCCCAUGGGCUUCCCAGGCACUGUUCACAUAUGCAAAGCAGCGGAUUUGGCCACGGGUGUGUGAAGACAAGGCUACCAAUGUAACCCAGGCUAAUAGAAGCGGUUCCUUGUCCGCUUUUAGUGGCUGGUCCAUAUGUAGAGAUUUGAGUCUGCUUCUGCCUCCGAACUAAUGGACCUGCUCUUUUGGCUCAAAAUCUGCCCUGCCUGCCCCAGACCAAAGGGAGAAUAACAAAACCCAGCUCUGGAGGCCGUACUAAUCCCAUGGAUACGGGCUCUAUAGCAAAAGGGACACCCACCCUGCUUACAGUGAGUGAAGCCUGUAACUAGCAUACGCGUGCGUAAAAGGCUCCAUGAUUUGAUCUGCCCUGACAUCAGUCACUCGGCUCUGUGGGUCCCCUCGGGUCCUGCUGGCUUCCUGUGACUGUCCACCUCUGCACCCACCGCCCUGUGUCUGGUUUUUUUCCAGGGUGGCUCCUAAGCAACCCAGCCUCUCGUUCCUUUGCUCUGGUUGCGCCCUGUCCCUUCAGUUCCCUGUUCACGGGGGUUAAAUCCCGUUCCUUACAGCUCUGGAUCUAGGCCUGGAUUCAUGUCAAUCGUGUAUGCGAAAAGCCAACCUUGCUCCAGAUGAAAACUAGUCUGAAGAGUGACGUCCCCGUAGGGCUCUGCCCUGGGGCAUUGGGAUCCACCAUUAAAUGUCUAGUUCUAGCUCUGGGCUGCCUUUCUGGCCGAUGGCUCUGUGUUUACUACGCACAGUGACCCGCAUUGUUAUUGCAGCUGAAAAGGGGUGAGGGGGCUAGUUUUUCUUACCCCAAUCCCCAUGGGUUCCUCACAUGGAGAAGACCAUUUCCAUGUAUUUGGGAUGUUUCGCCAUCCAUUUUGCCCACACAUUUUGACAUGCUAAUAUUUUAAACUGAUACAAAUCCAGCCACUCAGCCUAGGUUUUGAAAUGCACCCUGUAUAGCAAAUAUCCUGGAAAACAAUACCCCUCCAUUCCCCCAGGGGGCAAACGUCUACCCCAGAGACGCAUGUACAAAUCUCUGACACGGGUUGCUUGAUUGGUUGGUUUCUGUGCAGAAAAAUUAUUAUGAAUUGUAACGAUAACUAUUCCUUUGCAAUACUCCUUAAUAAACUAUCUGGAGAUUUUUCCACCCCAGG